AUGGCCAGCUCAGAUCACUUCGUUGGCUCUUGCAAUGGCAUCAUUUGUAUUGCCAACCAUUAUACAGGCUUAGUUAUAUUGUGUAACCCUUCUAUUAGAACAAUCAAGGAGUUGCCACUUUUUGAAAAGCCUUCAAAAGUGUACUCCAACAAUAUGACGUUUGGUUUUGGCUAUGAUUCUUUUAGAGAUACUUACAAGGUGGUUGUUGGUUUGCGAUAUCAAAUACAAGAUAGUAAUGGUAAUUACAUUCACAAGAUAGAAGUGAAGGUUCAUACAUUGGAUACCAAUAUUUGGAAAAGUAUUCAAGACUUUCCAUACGGUGUUGGCCCUAUUGAUCUACAACCAGGAAAAUUUGUAAGUAGUGCAAUUAAUUGGUUGUGCUCUGAUGAAAUCCAACUAAGAAAUCCAAGCUUUAUUGUUUCAUAUGAUUUGGGGAAAGAGUCUUAUCAAAAGAUUCUUCCUCCCAAUUAUGGUGGGGUAGAUGUGUGUAAAUUGUGGACCUUGGACGUGUUGAGGGAUUGCCUGUGCGCAACUUCCGGUGAUAAUGUUUGGGCUAUGAAGGAUGUUUGGAUUAUGAAGGAGUAUGGAAAUGUAGGGUCUUGGAUUAAACUGUACACAAUAGAUUCUAGUAAAUAUCACAUCGAGGCGGUACAUAUUUUUGAGAAUGAUCAAGUGUUGGUGAAGAUUUGCCCGCAUUCAAAGAUAUUUGUCUACAAUUCUAGGAAUUGUACUUUCAAGUGUGGUAAUUUUGAAAGGAUCCCGGAAAUUUGUGUUGAGAGUUUGAUAUCAUCUUGUUUUUAA